AAACAACUCGCAUGUCCCAUUGAAAACAGCUGAGGAUCCGAAAGGAAGGGGUUGUGUGAAAGGAGUGGGACAGUGAAGCAGACAAAAGAAGCUGCGGUUGUGUGAGCGUCGCGUCUUGGGAGCCCGAUAGCUGGCCAUCCAGUUUGUUUCUUUAUUAUUUCCAUCAGUAAAGCACAUACAGGGCGGGGGACUCGAUACCGGACUGGGCUCAUCGUUACAUUGCGAGGUACCGCAGAACAAAGGGAGUCUCGAGCGAGGAAUGAGCGAACCGAGCCUUGCGCCGCUGAAACAGGGCCAGAUGUUCUCGUGAGAGCCGCAAAGGCACACAAACUCAUCUAAAACAACAUUUAACAACACUGGAAGACCCUCGAACCGCGACAACCCCUCUAUUCACUAUGUUUCCUCAGAACCGCAACCCGGCACCUCUGCAGCCACCACCUGGGGCCUCGGCUUCAGCUGCAGCAGCUGCAGCAGCAUCAGGGUCAACCCAACCUCUUAAACUCACCUACCCUGAGACCCUGGACCGCAUAAAGGAGGAGUUCCAGUUCCUACAGACGCAGUAUCACAGUCUGAAGUUGGAGUGUGAAAAGCUGGCCACGGAGAAGACGGAAAUACAGAGACAUUAUGUCAUGUACUAUGAAAUGUCAUACGGCCUAAACAUAGAGAUGCAUAAACAGACUGAGAUCGCCAAACGGCUGAACGUGAUCUGUGCCCAGCUUAUUCCAUUCCUGUCACAGGAGCAUCAGCAGCAGGUGGUCCAGGCCAUGGAACGUGCCAAACAGGUGACUAUGGGGGAGUUGAAUGCGUCGAUAGGGGUACGUGGACUCCCCCCUCUGCCUCUCACACAACAGCUGCAGGCCCAGCAUCUUUCCCAGCAUGCCGCCCAGGGGCUGCCCAUGGGCCCUCACCCCUCCGGACUGUCUCACCCUGGCCUGGCUCUAGGGAGUGGCUCUGGGCUGCUGGCCCUUUCUGGGGCCCUUGGGGCCCAGCUGGCCUCUAAAGAUGAGCGAGCCCAUUUGGAGGCUGUGGCGGCGGCUGCCGCUGCUGAACACCACAGAGACUGGACGCGGGGACGUUUACCUGCCCUUCACAUGAUCCCCACAGACCGUGAACCUGGACCAAGUUCCCUCUCAAAUGGAGACAAAGGCAGGCCUUCAGACUACCUCAGCAAUGGCAAAAAGAGAAAAGCAGAUGAGAAGGAGUUUAUGACAGACUACGGCAGUGACGCAGAGAAGAGCGAUGAUAAUUUGGUUGUCGACGAGGACCCUUCCUCUCCACGUAGUGUACAGUCGUACUCCUCUAGAGAGAAUGGAUUGGAUAAACUCCCACCCUCCCGUAAGGAGCCUCUGCCCCAGGCCAGUCCGACCUCGCUGGCUUCCUCCAGCAGCGCUGCUUCUCCCUCACGCAGCAAGGAGCCUCCUCCGAGAGAGAAGUCCAGCACUCCAGGCAUGAAGCCUGGCACGCCCAUGUCCCAGGAGUCAUCUACACCAGGUCCCAGUGUCCCUCCGCAGUUUCGCCCUGUCCCUGGCAAACCCAGUGUUGACCCUCUUGCAUUAGGCUUAAGGAACCCAUUGGUAGUGCAGGGCGCGUACCCCCCUGGAGCAUUCGGUCUGCCUCCGCCCGGGGUUAAUGGGGAGUUGGCUGGAGCCGCGGGAUACGGUGCUGGUCUCCACCUUGUCUCACCACAGAUGAAUGGCUCCGUCGCUGCUGCUGCUGCCGCUGCAGCCGCCGCAGCUGGAUAUGGACGCUCACCUGUGGUGGGCUACGAGUCUCCUCAUCCCCAUAUGAGAGUCCCAGGUUUACCUGCGAGUCUGCAGUCAGCUGCAUCUGGAAAACCUGCAUAUUCGUUCCAUGUGAGUGCAGAUGGUCAAAUGCAGCCGGUGCCCUUCCCUCCUGAUGCCCUCCUCGGCCCCGGCAUCCCGCGGCACGCCCGUCAGAUCCACACCCUCAGUCAUGGAGAGGUGGUAUGUGCGGUCACCAUCAGCACCUCCACACGUCACGUCUACACCGGUGGGAAAGGCUGCGUUAAAGUGUGGGACAUCAGCCAACCGGGGAGCAAAAGCCCAAUGGCCCAACUCGACUGUUUGAAUAGAGACAACUACAUCCGCUCAUGUAAGCUCCUCCCAGAUGGGCGGACCUUGAUAGUUGGAGGUGAAGCCAGCACACUGUCAAUCUGGGACUUGGCCACACCCACACCACGCAUCAAGGCUGAAUUAACUUCCUCUGCUCCGGCCUGCUAUGCUUUGGCCAUCAGUCCAGACAACAAGGUCUGUUUCUCCUGCUGUAGUGAUGGAAACAUUGUGGUCUGGGAUCUGCACAACCAAACACUUGUCAGACAGUUCCAGGGCCACACAGAUGGAGCCAGUUGUAUCGACAUCUCCAACGAUGGGACCAAAUUGUGGACAGGGGGUCUGGACAACACUGUGCGCUGCUGGGACCUGAGAGAGGGCCGACAGCUCCAGCAGCACGACUUCACCUCACAGAUCUUUUCUCUGGGUUACUGUCCUACUGGAGAGUGGCUUGCAGUGGGAAUGGAGAGCAGUAAUGUGGAAGUGCUGCAUGUCUCCAAGCCAGAUAAAUACCAGCUACAUCUUCAUGAGAGCUGCGUUCUCUCGCUCAAGUUUGCCUACUGUGGUAAAUGGUUUGUGAGCACAGGCAAAGAUAAUCUACUGAAUGCAUGGCGAACUCCAUAUGGAUCAAGCAUAUUCCAGUCCAAGGAAUCAUCCUCUGUUCUCAGCUGUGACAUCUCCCCUGAUGACCAGUUUAUUGUCACUGGCUCAGGAGACAAGAAAGCUACUGUGUAUGAAGUCAUUUACUGAACUGAAUGUUUUUGGAUCGCUGUUUAUUAAAAGAAAAACUGAUUGCUUGAGGAGGCCAGAUUCAUCAUUAUUUUGCCUCUGAAUUGGGAGACGAUGUGACAUGGACAUGAAUAUGGAUAUGGAUUUGGGAGACAGCUGAACUUUUUGUUUGACAUCCGUUUGGAACGACGGACUCCAGGAUUAGACGGGAUCUCCAGAAAUGACCUUGUUUUUUAAUGCUGUGAGAGAGCUAGCAGUCUAGCUUCAAAAACAUGGGAUUUCUCCAAAGACCUCCUUUUCUCUUUUUUUUUUAUGUUUUUGUUUUUACAAGAUGAAACCUCUGUAGUGAAUAUAAUAGAAGAAAUCUUAUUUUUUUAGCCUUCAAAAUGUUCAUGGAAAUUGACGAUUAUGGAGCCGCACUGUAAAAAUGCAUUAUGACGAGACCUAAAUGACUGGCCUAAGAUGAUUUUCUAAAAGCUCACCUUAUCUUGAUCUUGUGUUAUGAUUGUAUGGAUGAUGUUUAAAAUGGACUAUAUGAUAUUGGACCAAAAGGCUCUGGAUUUUCGUGUUUCAGCGACUUCAGGGAAACGGCUGUAAAGACGUUCAGUUAACGUCCUAUCACAUGAACACUGUAUGUUGGAGCAUGUUAAAAAAUAUUUUGACUGUUUGGUCACAAACUUGGUAUGUAUGAAUUGUAAAUAAAGCUCUUUAAAAGCCAAAAAAUCUUGCUGUUGUCCUGAUCCUGUACAGAGCCAUUUAACAUCUGCUAAGAAGUUAGUGAGACCAACAUAUUGCAAUUCAGAAAGGAGAUUUUGGAAGCCAUCUCAAAAGGACAAAUUCCCCCAGGAUAUUUGUAAUAAAAUGUAAAUAACUGUACAUAUGUUUAUAGACUUUAAACCAUGAUUGCCCCCCCCCCCAGUACUUCCCUAGCUUUUUUACAAUAAGGUUGUUUUCAGUAACAUUACUCAACAUGCAUUAACAAUGGAGAAUACUUUUGCAGCACAUUAAUCUUCGUUAAUGAUUAAUUUCCUUAACAUUGAGAAAUUUCCAUAAAUUAACUAUUUUUAAAUACUUUGAACCACAAAACUGCUCUACAGAUGCAGUGUAGAAAGGAAAAUGAAAAACAUGGUCACGUCAACAAAAAUACCCACUUUCCCUUAAACGUUCAUAUAAAUUGUUUGUCAACUAACCAAAUAUUCUGUGGAGUUGUCCUAGCAUAUUACCAUUAACCAAAUUAUUCCCUAUAGUUAUCU